AUGUCGUCUGGUACAGCAAAGUUCGAAUACAGCCACCGCAUUGGCAAGGAUACCAUUCGUCUGGUGCGUAUCCUUGGUUGCGGAAAACCUGAAGAUGGGCCGUUGCAACUUUCACUGGAAGAACACGCCGUUGCCGACCUGCCAGCAUACCGAAGUCUCUCUUACACAUGGGGAUCACCCAUUGCAGAAAAGAAGCCCUCUCUGCAAAUUGAACAGCCCGUAACAGUCUCGGUGAUACUCAAUGGCCACAGCUUUGACAUGUUCCCAAAUCUGCACGAUGCGCUAUGCUGGAUCAGAGGCCACAACUCCUGCGACUUGUACUGGGUCGACGCCAUCAGCAUCAACCAGGCCGACGACACAGAGCGCAGCAUGCAAGUCGGGAUCAUGGACCGAAUCUACAAAAAGGCCACCCGCGUCGAUAUAUGGCUAGGGUCCGUCACCGAAGAGCACCACCCAGCAGAGGUAACCCGACUGGUUCGCACGAUGGCCGAGAAUACCCAGCGAAACUUCAGCUUCGACCAGGAGAACUCCUUCUUUGACGACGAUGUUCUGGGCAGAUACGGCUUGCUACACGUUCCGGAUAAUGUGUGGUACGCCUUCAUUGCCUUUUUUGAUCGCAAGUGGUUCAAUCGCGUCUGGGUCGUUCAGGAAGUUGCCUUGUCAAAAGAUGCUUGCAUCCUCUGGGGAAACGAUAUCAUUCCGUGGGAGACGGUGGCAUUUUGCUCCGACUUUUUAUACGAAAGUCGUCUGUACGAACAAUUAUCAGAGGUCUUGUACGACAAUAAUCCUACAAUCAAGGACGUCAAAAUCGGCAGCAACUCUUCGGGUAUCGUCGCAAUCCAGAGGUGUAGACACGACAUCCUCGACCUGUGGGACAGCACCACGCUGGAUCACAUAGUCGGACCUCUCUCCUGCACAGGUGGAAGCAGUAGAACCAAGACGGCGGGUGCGCUGUUGUUUCUGAUGCUCCGCCUGACAGUUGGAGUGGAAGCCACCGACCCCAGAGACCAGGUUUUCGGCCUACUAGGCAUUCUAAAUCUCCUCUUGGAUAUCAGUGGCCGCACAAGGACGAAGUUGGAGGCCAACUACCGCAAACACUGCACGCCAGUUAGCAUAUAUACCGACACGGCAGUUUUCAUCAUGGAAGAAUGCAACAAUCUGGCCAUCCUAACGGCGGUUCCCGACGACUCGGUCAAGAACAUCGAGGGUCUGCCGUCCUGGGUGCCCGAUUUCUCCGCAAAAGGGCCAUCUGCGUUUCUGGCAAUGAGAUGGCCAGCUGGCAUCCCCUAUUUUGACGCAUGCCGUUCCAUGCUGACGAAUUAUCGCGUUGCCGAGGACAAGCUUCUCCACAUCAAGGCCUUCUGCGUCGGCACAGUAUCGUUGGUGGGCGAAGUAUACUCGGAGGUAGCUACCAACGGGAGCUUCACGCAAUGGGCCGACUUCCUCUUGCAAUGUGAUCCCGUAUAUAAGCCGACAGGGCAGUGUCGAGUAGAGGCGUUCUGGAGGACAUUGAUCGGUGACCGAGACGCCUUCACGCAUCCUGCCCCAGACGGCCUGCGAAAGGCAUUCCAUUCCUGGAUUGCAGACCACGUUCUGUGGGAGGCAUACUGCGCCAUGAAGAAAGGUUCUGAUUUGGAGGAUUACAUCGGCCGUUUGCAGAGUAUCAAAAGACUCGCCGCGUCCGAUGUCAGCAAGACGGUACCCUCAUGCGACGUGAUCAUGGGGUACUUGAAGCAACUCAAGGAAUGCGAGAAGCAGGAGCAAGUGGACGGGCUUUUUGAUCGCUUCAAGCACCAUUGCCAGGCUUAUGUCAAUCUCGCAUUUGAGACGCUCUGGGAGAGGCGACCCUUCCUGACAGAUAGCUGUCACAUCGGACUUGGAGGCCAAUCCGUACAAGAUGGCGAUGGAAUCUGGAUCGUGGCUGGCUGUCCGUCACCGCUGGUACUUCGAGAGCUACCGGUGUCCUCAAUUUCAGGGCCAUUUAGCUAUCGAUUAAUUGGAGAGGCCUACCUGCAUGGCAUUAUGCACGGGGAGGCUGUCGGCGAGGAUGCGUUGUGGGAAGAUGUGUGCAUCCAGUGA